GCGAGCAACCGGCAGCCAGCAGCAUCCGAGCUUUUCAGUUUUCAGUUCGCUGCCACCCUCCGUCAGUGGUGGUUGUGCUGAAGACAGACGCAAGACCAAAAACGUGUGGAGUCAUGUUAUAAUACUGUUCACGUUCCACCCCAAGUGCGACGUUUGCCUUGCGUGUGACUUAAAGAUUAAACUACAUUCAACGUGCGGGUUUUCGUAUUGCUUCCGCGAGGUGACUAUUCGAAACAACAUUAAAAACGUGUUUGCCGGCAGUCAAUGAUUGUAUAUAAAUAUACGCGAAGGGGUGACUCGAGGUCGUGCUGAGUUUGUUGGGUAGGGUUGUCUAGUGGGUUAGUGUGAGCCCGCCCUAGUCAGUGCACCCCGGUGUUUGGUGGUGUGUAUUUUGUGUGAAUAUCGUGAAACUGUGUGUGACUUAGUGCUUCGAGAGCGUCGAUCGCGAAUAAACUUAGGCGGGACAUGAUAGUACGUGAUAGAUGAGCUUUCGUAUCCUCGCAAGGAUGGCUCUCGCUUUGUUGUUGUUUAUUUGCGCGGUUGCAGGCGCCUUCGCCAAGGACACAAUGUUUCCCACCGACAGCAUUCCAGUGUUGCGUUAUGAAGCUCCGGACGACUGUCAGUGGUGGGUACGGGAUCCAACAGUCACUGGUAGUGGUCAGGACGAGGUAUCGCUCACAUGCAAGCUGCGAACCAUAAACAGUGAAUUCGAUACAACCAACUUCAGUGUCAUACCAUCAGAGCAUACUACAUCAUUGCGUAUUGAAUGCAGCGAUGUUAUUAUGUCCAGGAGUAGUCUGGACGAUCGCAGUUUUGUGCAUUUAAACAAACUGCGGGAAUUAGAGUUGGAGCAUUGCAAAUUGGGCCGCUGGCCGGCCGGUACCCUCAUGGGUUUAAGAGAUUUACGAAAUCUUACUGUGCGGACACAUAAUACCGAUUGGCCUGCGAUGAGUUUAGAUUUUUCGGCGGAAAGUUUUGUGCCGGUGCGACAACUUGAACGUUUGGAUGUAAGUUGUAAUAAUAUCUGGUCGUUUCCGGAAAAUAUCUUCUGUCCGCUGACCAAUCUCGUCAUGCUCAACGUGAGCGAGAACCGCCUGCAGGACGUUAGCGACCUCGGCUUUCGCGAGAAGGCGCCUAGCUUGCCGCAGCCUUUAAUUAGCACCGCCGAAGACGAUCAUCCGCGGCCCGAGACUGCACGCACAUUAGCGCACCCGUGCAGCCUGGAUAUUCAAGUUCUCGACACGUCUCACAAUCACUUCGUGCUCAUUCCGGCCAACGGCUUUGGUGUGCUUCGACGCCUGCGUGAAUUAUACAUCCACAACAACGAAAUUUCCAUGGUAGCUGAUAAAGCUCUUGCCGGUUUGAAAGCUCUUCAAAUCUUUGAUCUUUCCAACAACAAAGUUGUGGCAUUACCUUCAGAAUUAUUUAAAGACUCAACUGGAUCUAUCAAAGAAAUUUAUUUGCAAAACAAUUCUAUUAGUGUCCUUGCACCUGGGCUAUUUGCCAAUCUGGAGCAACUUUUGGCACUGGAUCUAUCAAAAAAUCAUCUUACAAGUGCAUGGAUCAACGCAGAUACAUUCACAGGCCUGAUUCGUUUGGUCCUGUUAAAUCUAUCCUACAAUCGGAUUUCUAAAUUGGAACCCGCGUUUUUCAAAGACCUCUAUACGCUACAAAUAUUAAAUUUGGAGCACAAUUUGCUCGAGACCAUUCCUGCCGAUACUUUUGCCCCGAUGAGCAAUCUGCACACACUAAUUCUAUCUUUCAACAAAAUCACCUACCUGGAUGCUUACUCCCUAAACGGAUUAUACGUGCUGUCAUUGUUAGCGUUUGAUAACAAUCUGCUAGAGGGAAUUCAUCCAGAGGCGUUCCGCAACUGCUCCAGUCUAGAAGACUUGAAUCUAAACGGAAAUGUGUUGACUUCGGUGCCGUUGGCUUUGAAAGAUAUGCGUUUGCUACGCACCGUCGACUUGGGGGAGAAUGUCAUUACGUCCCUGGAAGAGCCUGGUUUCCGCGGCAUGAAUAAUUUGUACGGACUGAGAUUGAUUGGCAAUCGUUUGCAAAACAUCAGCAAACGAGUGUUCACUGACUUGCCAGCUCUGCAAAUUCUUAACUUGGCACGCAAUAAGAUCCAGCGUAUUGAACAUGGCGCCUUUAGCUACAGUCCAAAUCUUCAAGCGGUGCGUCUCGACAAUAAUCAGAUGACUGAUAUCAGCGCUUUUGCGGACAUCGAAAGUUUACUCUGGUUAAACGUGUCCGACAAUCAAAUCGAGUGGUUUGACUAUGCGUUGAUUCCUCGCAAUCUUCAGUGGCUAGAUUUGCACAAGAACAAUGUCCGCGAGCUGGGAAAUCAUUACGGAUUAGACUUGGAGUUGAAACUGCAGACGCUGGACGCCAGUUUCAACAAACUGGGCAAGGUAAACUCCGCCGCGGUUCCGAGCAGCCUGGAGUUAUUGUUCGUUAACGACAAUUUAAUCUCCAUCGUCGAACCGCACACGUUCCUUAAGAAAAUGAAUCUGACACGAGUGGAUCUCUACGCGAAUCAGAUCGUCAGCAUGGAUCUUAAUGCGCUGCGACUGACGCCAGUUGACCCCGAACGCCCGCUUCCGGAAUUCUACAUCGGCGGCAAUCCGUUCCAAUGUGACUGCACGAUGGAAUGGCUGCAGCGCAUCAACAAAUUAGAUCACUUGCGGCAACAUCCACGUGUAAUGGACCUCGAGAGUAUCUACUGUAAGUUACUAUACAAUCGCGAGACGAAUUAUCUACCUUUGAUAGAAGCCGAAUCUAGUCAAUUCUUGUGCACGUAUAAAACGCACUGCUUUGCCCUCUGUCAUUGCUGCGAUUUUGACGCAUGUGACUGCGAAAUGACAUGUCCGACCAAUUGCACUUGCUAUCAUGAUCAAUCUUGGUCGGCAAAUGUCGUGGAAUGCUCCGGCGUCGGUUAUACGGAAAUGCCAAGUCGCAUUCCCAUGGAUGCAACUGAAGUCUACUUGGAUGGUAACAACUUUGGCGAAUUGUCCAGUCACUCAUUUAUAGGACGCAAAAACCUAAAGGUCCUGUAUGCUAAUAACUCCAAUAUUGCCGCCAUUUACAAUCACACCUUCAGCGGUUUGCGCCGCUUGACUGUCCUUCAUCUCGAGAACAAUCGUAUCAAGGAGUUGCUCGGCUUUGAAUUGGCGACGUUGGAGAACCUGCGGGAAUUGUACCUGCAGGGUAAUCUCAUUCACUACAUUGACAACAGGACAUUCAUUGAACUGAAACAAUUGGAAGUGUUGCGAUUAGAUGGCAAUCGCUUAAACUAUUUUGCUGUGUGGCAGUUCUCUCUGAAUCCCUACUUGGUCGAAAUUGGUUUGAGCGAUAAUCAGUGGUCGUGUGAAUGCAGCUACGUGCAAAAGUACCGAUCCUGGUUGCAGGUUAAUUACGGAAAAGUGGUAGACGCUGGAAAGUUGGUGUGCAUGUAUAGUAAUGUAACCAAAGCACUGGGUCCACAUUUGGCCGAUUUUAACGCGACCUCCUGCGCCGCAUACACCAGCAACACGCGGGCUAUAGUCGAGAGUCAAGUGAUGAACGACUAUCUGCCGUUGCUUCUCGGCACCAUGUGUCUGUUUCUCGCUAGUGUCGUCAUCGUCUGUGGAGCGUUCUACUAUCGCCGAGAGUUGCGCGUCUGGAUUUACUCUCGCUGCGGUUUGCGAAUGUGCUACAAGACCACAGCUUUCGAAGAACAGCAGGAUAAAGACCGCCUAUUCGACGCAUACAUUAGCUACAGUGUCAAGGACGAAGCAUUCGUAAGUCAAGUCCUUUCGCCAGGCCUCGAGGGCAGCGAGCAAGGAUAUCGUCUUUGUUUGCACUAUCGCGACUUUAAUGUGUCCGCUUAUGUGGCGGAUACGAUUAUUGAAGCGGUUGAGUCUUCCAGGCGUACUAUUAUUGUACUGUCGAAAAACUUUCUGCAUAAUGAGUGGUGCCGUUUUGAAUUUAAAUCCGCAUUACAUGAAGUGUUAAAAGACCGUCGUCGUCGGUUGAUUUUCGUCGUGACAGGGGAGCUGCCCCAACGCGAUCUCGACCCAGAUCUUCGACUGUACCUCAAGACUAACACAGUGAUCGAAUGGGGUGAUCGCCAAUUCUGGCAGAAGCUUCAAUUUGCUAUGCCAGACAUCAAGCGUCCGUGUGUGCACCAGCGUUCAAGUGUGAACAUCUACGCGUCAACGACGCCAACGCACCACCAUCAUCAUCUGGAUCGUGCGAGGAGUCCCGCUCUGCCGCCUCCGCCGCCGCCUGGAAAGCUUCCACCGUUCCUACAGCAUCCCCCUAGUCUUCCACGAGAUACGCGGACGCUGCCGCAUCCCCUAUGGGCGUAGCGCUUAAACAAACGCAGUGAUGGCAACAGCGGUAGCACAUGUUCCUUGGAUUACGUACGUCCACAUCGUCGCAAGUAUUGACUUUUGCCGGAGGGCGCCGAGAGCGCCGACAAAAACUUCAUCGUACAAGGAAAUCUAGCACAGAAAACGUCGCUGCCACCAUGCGUUCAACGCGUAUUAAAAACUCACACCCACACACGAAGAAAUUAAAACGAAUGGUGAAUACAUAAAUGUGAUAAAAAAAUAAUUAAUUCCAAGAAAGACUAAUAUUCUAAAUAUUUAUAUAUUUAUUGUUAAUUAUGAUAUUAUAUUGUGAAUAAACCUAACUGAAAAGGACAUUUGAACGCGGGGAACAGAAUUUAUACAGUGCGGAAUGAUGAAAAGAGUGCUUAAAAUUUUAACACACAUCUAAUAACCAGUUUUAAACUUAUUAUAAAGAAAUAAUUCAGUGUCACAAGCAAAUAUAGUUCAAGUCAUACAUCCAACUCGGCCAUAGUUAUAUAUAUAUAUACUCAUAUGGAUACAGAAACGUGAUGGUCACAAAUCGAGCUUAAAACUUGGAUUACCCACGUCUGCCACAGUUGAAGAAAGUCUGAACGGGUUUAUUGUAAAUAUAAUCUAAAAAAUCUCAUGAUGAUGACUGCCCACGUGUAUAAAAAACAAAAUGUAACAUUUGAAGAUUCUUUCACAGAAGUUGAUAUGUUAUUAGCUGGAAUUCCUAACUCAGUAAUAAACGACAACGAUAUUUCUAGUUUUAAGUAGGAUAUAACUCGGUGCCGCUCGUGCAUGAACAGUUUCAGAAAAACACCAGAACGCAGUGUAUAUAAAUAUCGAUAGUAAUAACCAGAAAGUGAGCUGUUUGAAUGUAUGUACAUUAAUUAAUUGGCACACUUGACAAACUGACGAUCUGUUUGCGUCACCGUUCGAUUCCUAUGUACUUACUAUUUAUUGUAACAUACACUCUAUGCAAGCUACCGUAAUUAAUUAACUCUAAUUGCCACUCAAGACAAAACCGAAAUUACAUAAUGUGAGCACGAGACACCCAGCGUAUUUAUUGUACAUAGUGUAUAAAUGAAUUAAUUGUAAGGAAGGAUUGCGUCAUGCACAUGAUGACGAAAUGGGCAUAUUAAUGAAUAUUACGACGAGCUGAUGAACUAAUAUGAACGAUUACUAAAUUAUAUUUUGAACAAGAUAUUCCAAAGCACUUUAUUGUGUACAUAUAUGGACUGCUUACUUAUUAAGUAAUUUUUUGAAUAAUAAACAAAUUACAUUUUAUUUAAACGAAA